AUGCCUCUUAUGUCACCGUCGGGGGCCGCCGCCGCCGCUGCACGAAGCCCUGGUCAACAUCAACAGCCUGGUGACGGGGCCGCUCAACCUUUCGCCAGGAUACGAUUCGUACACCAAGCGGAUCCUGCUGCUGCACCCCACGGAGUACGACACGUCCAUUCACGACGACCUCUCCGCGGACGAGGCGUACGAAAUACCGGUCAGGGAAACCAAGCCGUCCAACUGGCGAAGUUGCGGAGUAUAGUACAGUGGACGCCUUUCAUCCAGACAUACAAGAAGCACAAGUAUCCAUGGGUGCAACUUGCCGGACAUCAAGGUAACUUUCUCGCUGGUUAUAAGCAAGGGACUAUACUGAAGAAAUUGUGCCCAGCAGAAGAGAGAGCUUUGGAAGCUAUUAAAAAAGAUAUUUUACGACCCUACGUUCCUACAUACAUGGGUGUGGUGGAAGGAACGGACGGGGAAAGGUACCUCCAGCUGCAAGAUCUUCUGAGCGACUUCACUCUUCCUUGCGUUAUGGACAUCAAAAUGGGUGUCCGCACGUACCUGGAGGACGAGCUGGCAAAAGCAAGAGAGAAACCCAAACUAAGAAAGGAUAUGUUUGAAAAGAUGGUACAGAUAGACCCCAAAGCUCCAACAGAAUCAGAGAACAGAGCUAAAGCUGUCACAAACCCCAGGUACAUGGUAUGGCGGGAGACCAUAUCUUCUACAGCUACCCAGGGAUUCAGGAUAGAAGGCAUGAGAAGAGGAGAUGGAACAUCCAGUAAAGACUUCAAAACUACACGCACAAGAGAGCAGGUUCUUGCCUCGCUCAACAGUUUCCUUCAGGGAUACCCUCAUGCUGCUAGUCGAUAUGUCCAGCAGUUGAAGUCUAUCAAAGCUACAUUGGAGGCUUCUGCUUUUUUUAAAACCCAUGAGCUUAUAGGCAGCUCUCUUUUGUUUGUCCAUAAUGAAAGUUCGGCUUCAGUGAAGCUUAUUGAUUUUGCCAAGACCAUUCCUUUACCGGAAAAUGUAGAGAUCACUCACGAAAGCCAUGGUCAAGGAACUCAUGAAGAUGGCUAUCUCCUAGGCUUGGAUAACCUCAUUGACUUGUUCUCAGUAAUAGAGAAGAAUCUUAAUGUAAAUGAUGCCAUAACAAAAACAGAAACACCGGAAACCACUACAAUGCCACCACUCCAGAGGAGACCAACAGCAGUACCAGCAGUGCACUCACUACCAAUACCACCACCAACACAUCCAGCAACAACAGCAACAGCACCUCUACCUAGGUCAAAUACAGUACAAGUUGGAGAAGAAUGUACAAAGCCGUAGUGUCUAUGUCUAUAAAGAUUUAGUUAAAAAAAUAAUUUCUGUAUUAUAGAAACUUCUGCAAUGCUUCACUGUUAAUGACAUUCAGAAAACAAGUGGAUAGUACUGUGUGCCAUUAUGAAGCAGACAAUACUGAGUGUUCUGAAGUGUGAGAAAGAAAAUGGCUUGCCCUGUGAUGAGACUGUUCAGCAGUAAUGAAAGUUUACUGUUAACACCAUUGUGUAGAAAAGUGCAUACUCUUAUAGAAACACUAAUGGGAUUAGCCAUAGCCUGUUCAGUGAAUAGUUGAACAUUUAAAGCCUGAUUCCAGGAAAAUAUUUUUUUGUGGCCUUUUGUAUAUAGCAAAUGUACAUAUCCUUGAUUACCUCUUAAAAAUACAAGUCAUGUAUAUGAAAUAACAUUACAGUUCCAGAA